AUGGCCGCCGUAGUGGCCCUAAAUAAUGCUAACAUAACGGCCGCCAUGAUUAAUACGCCUGAUGGUACUCCACCACCAGGAUUGCCGGCUGGAGCUACUAGUGCUACAGUUAUCCCGACACAUAAUGUUCACGCAGAUGAAGAUUGGUCUUUUGCUGGUGAGUGUCCCGUCGAUGCUGAUACAGCAACCAAUGCCCCAAAUGGAGCUUUAAAUAACAACAAUCAUAUAGUCCUUCCUGAUAUCAAUAUUAGUCAGAUCAUCUAUUGGUUUAAAAGGAAUUAUCCUACAGUUGUUCGAGAGCAACAGGAAUUGAUUUUUGGUAUUUUGACUCAAGGUUCCGAUUCAGUUAGAAAUUACUAUAGAAAGAUAAAUAAAUAUGCUAGCUGGGCUCGAAUAUUUGAUCGUGAAAAAAGAAUACAAUUUAUACGUGGCUUGACUCCUGAAAACAAGUUGGAAAUGAAACGACUGGGUUUAAACAGACCUUUAAAUGAUGAAUUGAUUGAGACACUCGAAGAGAUUGAAACAGAAAGGAAUAAUUUGCUUCUGGAUGAGGAUAUUUAUAACCAGCCUACUACCAAGACAAAACCAAAAACAUCUUCUCAUCAGGGUAUUACUACAGAAGAUGUUGAUAGGAUUGUAAAUAGUAGGAUUCAGGCGUUACAGCAACCACCAGCAGUUCAAUCACCAGCAUCUUCGUCUGGUCAGGAAAAUGUUACUAAGGCUGACUUACAAGCCAUGUUUAAAUCCUUUCAAGAGACUAUAUCCCGGGGGGAUAAAACUCUGAAUAAUAGUAAAAAAUCAGUCGGAAAGAAAGCAGAAGAUCUUGCUAUUAGACGUUUUUUGAGUGAUCUACUAAGAGAGAGAGGCAAUGAAGCUCCUGGUAUAGAAUAUGACCCUAUGGAUGAUAUUACUGACAAUUCUGGUCUCAUUACGUCCAAACAGAUAGUGGCUGUUCACUAUAGUGAACCAAAGAUAGUAUCUCAAAAUGAUGUAUCAUCAUCUUCAAAAGAUUUGGAUGAGUCCAGGGAGACCCAUCCGUCUUAA